UGCGUUUUUACUGAUCGGAUUGCCAUCCGAUUAAAGAAGCACAUUCCAUUUACACUUGGCCACAUAUUAUAUUAAUCACCAGUUAAUGUUCACAUUUGUUGUUUAUUGUUUCCCCGUUAAUCUCGAUUCCUUUUAUUUCAGCAAGUAACAUUGUUAUUUUUAUCCUACAGUUAUUGGAUUUUUAUUUCCUUUUUCUUUUUUUUCUUUUUUACCACUAUAUACACACAUAUCACUGGUUACUAUGCAAAGAAAGCUCAAUUCUCUAUCCACAAAGUUCAUGUGAACGAAUUUAUCAGUUUAUCUGUAGGAAGUGGAAAAGGAGGGGUAAAUACAUGUUGUUGUUGUCUCUGUCAUUCUUUUCUCUUGAAAAAGCUCCAGCAGUAAAGGAAAUAUGGGACUUUUGUCUGUUGCUGUUUAUUUAGUGCUGUUUUCAUCAUUUCUCGUGCAUGGAGUGUCUAAAGAGAUGCCCCCUGCUUCUCUGGAGGUCUGGCCUGACAGCAGACAGCACUUCAGGGGUGAACAGUUCUCCCUUCACUGCUCAGUAAAUGAUGGUAAUUCAACAGGCUGGAUGCUGAAGAGGCUUCAAGGAGCUGAAGUAAAGUCUGGCUGUUUGCAGUUAAAUGGCACAGAAUCUACAGACAGGCCUAAAGAAUGUCAUUUUAUUGACAUCAGCAACAAGAACAGUGGGUUGUACUGGUGUGAGAGUCCUGCUGAAGACAAGCGAAGCAAUACCAUCAAUAUCACUGUGAGCUAUGGUGAGGUGAUUCUCUUCAGCCCAGUUCACCCAGUGAUGAAAGGAGGAACAGUAACUCUGCAAUGCAAGUCCUGGUUGUAUAAGGUCAGCCAGACUGUACUCUACAAAAAUGGUGUCAAUGUCCUGUCACUGAAUGGCACUAAAAUGACUAUUGAGAAUGUCACCAAAGCAGAUGAGGGGUUUUACAAAUGUGCUUUUGCCAAUUCGAGUUUGGAGAGUUCAGAGAACUGGCUUUCAGUAAGAGAGAACUCCACAGUUGACUCACAAGAUGAAAAGCCAUCUACAGGAUCCUUGGUCUGGGUGUCAGGGAUCUGUAUCAUCUUUAUUCUUCUGGUGCUUCUUCCUGUGCUCUGGCUGCUAUUUCCAGGUCUCAGGGAGAAAUUUAAUGUCUGCCCAAGUGGGACAUCUAGAGUGGAAAGAUUCCAACAGGAAAUGCCUAAAACCAAGCAGGAUGUGACUGAAAUCCAGUGGGAUCUUCCCUGGAUGGAGAUGGCCAAUCUGCUAGACAAGCAACAACAUCCCAGCAGCUGAGCACUCUUCUGAAAUUUUAGAUGUUAUCAGAUACAAUUCAUGACAAAUUCCUGGAGUCAGAAAACAGCCAUUACAUAAAGCAAUUCACUGAUGAUAUGAUGGGUAAAUUGCGUAACUGUUUGGUAUUCAUGGCAUAUGAGAGUAUUUUUGACAUCUUCACCUUAAUUACUGAAAGAUAUAUGCUAUUAUAAGCUUUAGAAAAGAGAUCAAUUUAUUAGAACAUUGACUGUAUACCUCAGACAUUAAACUUGAACUAACCUCUCUUUUUGAAUAGACCACUAGAAUAGCCACUAUUUGGAGCUGUUUGUCAGUUUAAUUUAGUCAUUAAUACUUGACUUGCAUAAAACCCAGAUUAUGUAGAUGUUAACAUUUGAAGCACAUUUGUAGGUCACCUUACAAUUUGUUUUAACAGUGUUUUCUUAUCUCUUGUUUAUCAUGAUAAUGAUUAUUUUCACUCAAUGACUCAAAUUUGACCUUACUGAAUUUGAUUUACUGAAAGUUCUUUCUAAAAUGUGAACUUGUUUUUGAGUGCAAACCUUGAACUGUUUAUAAUAUAAGUGAUGUUUAUAUGCCUUUGAUUGGAUUAAAAUAUUUGA